AUGAACCCUUUUACCGGCAGCCCGAAACCGACGGUUAGCUGGACGCUGCAGUCAAAGGGGGUGUUGUUUGCGGAUGCCGGGUUUAAUGCGCGGUUGGAGGCGUGUGGGGAUGCGGAGGUUAGGAAUCAUAGGGUUUAUGGGCCGGAGGGUAGGUGA